AUGGCUCCCAUCAAAGCCGGUGUGAUUGGGGUGACUGGGAUGACCGGAUCGCAUGUUGCCGUUGAGUUGCUCAAUAGAGGCCAUCAGGUUGUCGGCAUUUCACGAAAUCCCUCUAAGCUUGGCCAUUACGAACGAGGCCACACUAUUGAAGAAAUAGCAAAGGCUCUUGAAUCUUUGGAUGUUGUGGUAAACGCGUACGGUCCACACACCCAACUUGGCGACGCGUUGACGUACAAAACCUUCACAGAAGUGACCCGAAAGACCCUCAUCGCUUCCAAAGCAGCCGAAAUACCAUACUUUGUCAUGAUCGGCGGCUCUGCCAUCAUGAGAGUUCCAGACAGACCAUUACUCACAGCGUGCGACGAUAAGAGAUUUUAUUACGCCUUCAUCCGGGGAAUACUUGAUAGUGAGGCUGAUGUCAAGCAUACUCAAGAUUGGGCCGGCGAGGACGCCGAAAAACUCUUGGCGGGGAAGAUUGUGGAAGCGGCGCAUGGGAUUUUUGACAUGAACGGACCUAUUGUCGAGUUCCACAGGGGCGGGCGACUGACGGCCAUGUUCUUCCAUGGAAACACAUCUUUCAAGUGGACUUUCAUGUCCACCCCGGCAUUGUACCGGCCUGGAAAGUGCACGGGGUCAUAUGAAGUCUGUUUCGAUUUCAUGCCUCUCAAGCCCGCCAAAGGGCAUGAGAGCGGCAUUGCCCUUUUUGAUGGUCGGAUGCAUGGAGUGUCACUCUCAGACAUGGCCCUGGCAGUGGCGGAAGAGGUAGAGAGUCAGAAACAUUUGUGGAAGCACUGGUGCCCGUAUGUUCCAGACUUGGAUGACACCCCUGGUCCGGUUUACGUCAAGAUUGGACAUCAGUUUUUUUAA